GACAUUGCCAUGAAGUCUGUUGUUAUCCGUGAUGGCCAAGAGCAGGAGAUCCUUGCUCGUGAGCUUGUUACUGGUGAUAUUGUCAUUGUCGAGGAAGGUACCGUCGUCCCUGCCGAUGUCCGCCUGAUCUGCGACUACUCCAAGCCCGAAAUGUUCGAAACCUACAAGGAAUACCUGAUCCAGUCCAACGACGACACCCUCAAGGAGAAGGAUGACGAGGAUGAUGAGGAUGGUGGCAUCGAGGCCCGCACUGGUGUCUCCCUGGUUGCCGUUGAUCAGUCCGCCAUCACUGGUGAAUCUCUCGCUGUCGACAAGUACAUGGCCGACACCUGUUACUACACCACUGGUUGCAAGCGUGGCAAGGCCUACGGUAUUGUCACCGCUACCGCCAAGCAGUCCUUCGUCGGUAAGACCGCUGCUCUCGUCCAGGGUGCCCAGGACCAGGGUCACUUCAAGGCCGUCAUGGACAACAUCGGUACCACCCUGCUGGUUCUUGUCAUGUUCUGGAUUCUCGCUGCCUGGAUCGGUGGUUUCUACCGUCACCUCAAGAUCGCCACCCCCGAGGAUGAUGACAACAACCUGCUUCACUACACUCUUAUUCUGCUCAUCAUUGGUGUCCCCGUCGGUCUGCCCGUCGUCACCACUACCACCCUCGCUGUCGGUGCCGCCUACCUCGCCGAGCAGAAGGCUAUCGUCCAGAAGCUCACUGCCAUCGAAUCUCUUGCUGGUGUCGAUAUCCUCUGCUCUGACAAGACUGGUACUCUUACCGCUAACCAGCUGUCCAUCCGUGAGCCCUACGUCAACGAGGGUGUUGAUGUUAACUGGAUGAUGGCCGUUGCUGCCAUUGCCUCCAACCACAACGUCAAGAACCUGGACCCCAUCGACAAGGUCACCAUCCUGACCCUGCGUCGCUACCCCAAGGCCCGUGAGAUCCUUGCCCGCAACUGGGUCACCGAGAAGUACACUCCCUUCGACCCCGUCUCCAAGCGUAUCACCACCAUCUGUACUUGCGACGGUGUCCGCUACGUCUGCGCCAAGGGUGCUCCCAAGGCCAUCCUCAACAUGUCCGAGUGCUCCGAGGAGGAGGCCCGCCAGUUCCGUGACAAGGCCACCGAGUUCGCUCGCCGUGGUUUCCGUUCUCUCGGUGUUGCUGUCCAGAAGGAGGGUGAGCCCUGGCAACUGCUGGGCAUGUACCCCAUGUUCGAUCCCCCUCGUGAGGACACUGCCCACACCAUCGCCGAGGCCCAGCACCUCGGUCUGUCCGUCAAGAUGUUGACUGGUGAUGCUCUUGCCAUCGCCAAGGAAACUUGCAAGAUGCUUGCCCUGAGCACCAAGGUCUACGACUCCGAGCGUCUGAUCCACGGUGGUCUUGCCGGCUCCGCCCAGCACGACCUCGUCGAGAAGGCUGAUGGUUUCGCUGAGGUGUUCCCCGAGCACAAGUACCAGGUCGUCGAGAUGUUGCAGCAGCGUGGUCACUUGACUGCCAUGACUGGUGACGGUGUCAACGAUGCUCCUUCCCUCAAGAAGGCUGACUGCGGUAUUGCCGUCGAAGGUUCUACCGAAGCCGCCCAGGCUGCUGCCGAUAUUGUCUUCCUCGCCCCCGGUCUCAGCACCAUCGUCGAUGCUAUUAAGCUGGCCCGUCAGAUCUUCCAGCGUAUGAAGGCCUACAUCCAGUACCGUAUCGCUCUGUGUCUCCACCUCGAGAUCUACCUGGUUACCUCCAUGAUCAUCAUCGAUGAGACCAUGCGUGCCGAUCUUAUUGUCUUCAUCGCCCUGUUCGCUGAUCUUGCCACCAUCGCCGUUGCCUACGAUAACGCUCACUUCGAGCCUCGUCCCGUCGAGUGGCAGCUGCCCAAGAUCUGGGUCAUCUCCGUCGUGCUUGGUGUUCUCCUUGCUGCCGGUACCUGGAUCAUCCGUGCUUCUCUGUUCCUGUCCAACGGUGGUAUCAUCCAGAACUUCGGUUCUCCUCAGGAGAUCCUCUUCCUGGAGGUUGCCCUUACUGAGAACUGGCUGAUCUUCGUCACCCGUGGUGGUAAGACCUGGCCCUCGUGGCAGCUGGUUGGCGCCAUCUUCAUUGUCGAUGUGCUCGCCACCCUCUUCUGUGUCUUCGGCUGGCUCUCCGGUGACUACCGCCAGACUAGCCCCCCCAGCCCUGCUGAGUUCUCCGUCAACGGUGAUGUCGACAUUGUCACCGUCGUUGUCAUCUGGGCCUACUCCAUUGGUGUCACUAUCAUCAUUGCCGUGGUGUACUACAUCCUCACCAUCAUCCCCGGCCUUGACAACCUUGGACGUAAGAACCGCUCCAUGGCCGACACCAAGAUCGAGAACCUGCUUGGCCACCUCUCCAAGCUUGCCAUCGAGCACGAGACCGAUGCUCACGGCAAGUCGCGCUACACCCUGGGUGCCCGCACCGAAGAGGUUGAGGAGGAUGAGUAAACAUUUGAUUUACACUCAUUUCCUUUUAAUAUGAUCCGCUCUGGAUAAUCACUUCGCAUACAUGCAUGGGCUGGCUUCUGGGCCCAGCUGCGCAUACCCCUUUUUUUCCGUAUCAUAGACUUUUUUUUCCCUAUUAUUUUUGUCUCUACCAUCAUAGAGUCAAUUUUCUCUUCUUUCACAUGUAUGUAUGUCAUUAAUAGUG